AUGUCAUCUGGUUCAUCCAGCUCAUCCACCUCAGCUACCGAUUCAGUGACCCCGACUUCAGAAGGGUUCACAACCCUAUCCAUAACAACGCCACCAUCCACAGCUGCCCACAUGCCAUACUUCCAGUUCCAGACACCUCAGGGAUACUCCAAUGAUUUUUCUGCCUACACGCCAAACGCUGCUUACACAACCGCUCCAUACCAGAUGGCAACGCAUUCCCAUCUAGCCAAUUUGAAUCGCUUUGGAGGAACGACCAAUCAUCUCAGUUUUGGACUCACAGCGUCACAGAAUGUGAUGAUGUCCUCAAUGGGAGGGAGGAGAAAACGAAGAGUUCUAUUCUCUCCUCAACAAGUAAACCAUCUGGAGCACAAGUUCGGAUCCAGCAAGUAUUUGAGUGCAGCCGAUAGAGAAGCCCUUGCGAAGACAAUUGGGUUGACGCCGACGCAGGUGAAAAUCUGGUUUCAAAAUCAACGGUACAAGCAUAAAAGACAAGAAAAAGAGAAGAAGAUGGACGGAGGAUGCUAUCGACCUGGGGACAGUGAUUCCGAAAGAGACAAUGACAGCAGUGGAUCACUCGGAAGUUCUCCAAACAUCAAGAAGGAAGAUGAUGAUGAUAGGAAGCCUCCUCCGUCCAUGGGAGCAUCAGCUCUUGCCGAUACCACUUGCAUCCCGGAUAUAACUCCUCAACAAUUCCCAUAUCAGAUGUAUCCCUCCAACUACAUGUCGCAAGCAUUCUUCUAUCCAGCUCAAUCCACUCCAUACCAACAAGCUAAUUAUAAUAUUGGAUUCCAGACUCUGUAA